GUAAGAGGGGUAAUCAUGGGAGGAACAUGUGGGCAGGAAGGAUCGAGUGUCAUGGCGAGCGAAACCACCGAUGCGGUCAUUGCAGCUCCUCAACCUGACCUCAAACUCAUGGAACAGCCAACAAAGCAUGAACGAGGCUGGAGAAGGGUCGUUCGCAAUUUCACGCCGUCAUGGUUCUCUGUCACCAUGGGCACCGGCAUCGUGUCCAUGCUGUUGCACAGUCUGCCCUACAACGGAGCAUGGCUGUACUGGCUGUCCAUUGUGAUCUUCGUGUUGAACGUGUUCCUUUUCAUGGCAGGCUGUUUCAUCACCCUCCUGCGUCAUAUCUUAUACCCAGAGGUCUUCUUGGCUAUGAUCAAACACCCAGUUCAAUCAAUGUUCAUCGGCUGUUUCCCCAUGGGACUUGCAACGAUUAUCAACAUGAUCUGUGCCGUAUGUGUCCCGGCAUGGGGCCAAGGGGCCAGCUACCUUGCACUGGGUCUUUGGAUACUGGAUGCUGCGAUAUCAGUGACCGUGGCUCUGUUAUUACCUUUCAUGCUAAUGGCCCAUGGUGAGGAAAUGCAGCUUUCUUCCAUGACAGCCGUAUGGCUCCUUCCAAUCGUCAGCUGCAACGUUGCCGCUUCCACUGGUGCGGCCGUGGCGGAGGUUCUUCCCAACCUCGACUACGCUCUGUGGACCGUGAUCACCAGCUAUGUUCUGUGGGGUAUUGGACUGCCCCUUGCGUUGAUGGUCAUGGUGAUCUACCUGGCACGGCUUGCGCUCCACAAAUUGCCACCCAAGGCCGUCAUUGUCAGCGUUUUUCUUCCGUUGGGCCCAUUAGGACAGGGCAGUUUAGGAGCGACCAAACUGGGAGAAUGUGCGUGCGAUCUCUUCCCUCAAACCAAAACUCUCGAGCAGGGCUCUGAAACGAGUUUGUACACCAUUGGGUUCCUGAUCGGAUUCGCUUUGUGGUCAUUUGGACUUGUCUGGCUCUUCUUUGCAAUUGCAUCGAUCGCCUGUAGCAAAACCUUUCCUUUUAAUAUUGGGUGGUGGGGAUUCACUUUCCCACUGGGAGGGUUUGCAACUGCGACCUGCCAGAUUGGAAAGGAACUCCCUUCGGAAUUUUUCAAUAUUCUCGGAACUAUCCUGUCCCUUUCGGUGGUGAUAUUGUGGAUCGUUGUGAGUAUUGGCACUUUGAAAGGGGCAGUUUCAGGCAAACUUUUUUUUGCGCCCUGUUUAGCAGAUCUUCGGGAAGACAAGGAUGAUGGCAAGAGGGCGUGA